AUGCUGUCAAUCAAGCGGUUACCACUUGCUUUGGUCGUGGUGUGGUCAAGGUUUUCCUUCACAGCUUUGGCGCAAGACCAAAACGUCCAGUUCAACCAAGUCGUCAACAUCAACGGCGAUAUGCAACUGAACCGCAUCAUCAUGCCUGACCAGUCGAGAAUCGAGACAUUCUCACAAACGCAGCGUCAGGUCAUCGUGAACCAAAAUCCUGCGCCUUUGCCGGCAACCCAUGUCGUCGGCAGCACGGGACAGCCUUUUAUGCAGCUGUCGCCGAAUGCCAUGACUAUCCAAACGAAUCAGGCCACCGAUCUCGUGGGUGGCUCUAUCAUUAUGCCUUUCGAUCGCAACGCCCUCCAGCAGAACCAAAUCACCCCCGAUAACACCUUCGUUGCGAAGCUAUCCCCUGACCGGCAAGCGUGGAUCAUCCUUGAGGGUGACAAGUCUGUGAACGAGGGCGAAUCGAAUGUCCGCAUGACCCGCAUGACCAACAUUGAUGGCGAGUAUGUCGUUGUUGGCCGCCGCACUACCGAGACUGGCGUUUCCCUCACUCAGUUCAGCCAAGACCCAAACCAAGCUGUCCAAAUUCAGGGAUCGGGCAUCCAGGAGGUCGAGUUUCAAGACGGCUUCCGCAUGUCUAUCCGUGCAAGCCAGCCCAUGUCUAUUCAGGUCAACGUUGUCAACGGCGUCAGCUCGGGCAUGAUCAUCAGCGGCACUCAGCCCGUCAACAACUAUCGUUACCUCGUUUCCAGUAACCUGGCGGGUGUUCAGUCUGACCUGAACCGCAUGGCGGCUGUAGUUCAGAUCCCCUUGAACGCCGAACGCCUGAUGCAGACUGCCCAGCAGAUGGGAGCCGGCCCCAAUGAUGCCGUUGCUCUCAGCAUUGAACAGCGCGCUGUUAUACAGAACCCUGGUGGCGCAACUGGUCAGCUGUCGCCUGCCCGUCCCAACAAACGCCAGGAAGCUACUCCAAGUGACCCGGUCGCUACCGACACUGUUGCGUCUUCUGCUGCUCCCACUCAGACACCAGAUGCUCAACAGCCUCCUCCUGCGGAGAGCCAGCCGCCCACUCCCCCCGCUCAGGACCAGCAGCCCCCCCCUGCUCAAGGUCAGCAGCCGCCCCCUCAACAAGAUCAGCAACCUCCUCCCCAGCAGGGUCAGCAACCACCUCCCCAGCAGGGUCAGCAACCUCCUCCUCAGCAGGGUCAGCAACCUCCUCCUCCUCAGCAGGGUCAGCAACCUCCUCCUCAGCAGGGCCAGCAGCCCCCUCCCCAACAGGGUCAACAGCCCCCUGCUUCCCCCCCUCCUCCCCCUCCUCCUGCUCAAGGCGUUGCUCCUCCUCCGGCUGCCACACUGCUGCUUCUGGAGCCGACGUUCACCCCAAUUGCUAGACAGACACUUCUUGACUCGGAGGGCGGCCGCAUCGCUGUGCCUGUUGACUCUAUCGACGGCGAGUUUGUCCUUGUCAUGCAGCUCGCCGGCCAGGCACAGCCCGGCCAGAUUCCCGGUGGUCAGCUGCCUGGCGGUCAGCUCCCCGGCGGUCAACUCCCCGGCGGCCAACUUCCUGGUGGUCAGGUUCCCGGUGGUCAAGUCCCCGGCACCCAACUCCCUGGCGGCCAAGCCCCUACUCAGCCACAGCCAGCCCAGCCCAGCCAGCCUCCCGCUCAGGGUCAGGGCCCCAUCGGCGGCGUCAUGAGCAUGAUCCCUAUCGGGCAAGAGCAGCAGCCAAGUGCCGCUCCCGCAGCCGUUACGCCCACCCCAGUUCCCAUUCCCGGUUUUCCGGCACCGGCCCCGGCCCCCGCGGCCCCGGCUGCCGCUCCUGCCGCCCCCGCCACCCCUCAACAGCCCGCCAAGCGCCAGCAGCCUCCCCAGGGCGCUAUCAUUAUGAGCAUGAACGAGCUCAAUUCCAUGAUGUUGCGCCAACAAGGCGGCAGUGCUUGGGUUGGUGUUAUGCUCGACAAGUACGUCUCCGAGAUGACCGGUCAGCCCAUGCCCAACCGUCAACCUGCCGAGCCCCGACAAGGCCUACCAGCCGCGCCCCCGGCUCCCCUGCCGGGUACAAACACGCCUCUUGCGCAGAAGACGAGAAUGUCCCGCAACCUGAAGCGGGCUACACGAAGAGUCCCGCUGGUGGUGUAA